AACCAUGAAAAUUCUAUGAAGUUAGCUUUAUUACUUUUUGAGUUAUCGUGACGGAUAUUGCUGCACCUGACGCAGAUUAACAUUUCCGUGGAAAAAGAAGUACUAAAUAAGUUAAAAGACAUCCAAUCUUCAAGAUAUCAAAGGUUUUAGUUGAUUCUAUGCUAUGGCCGAGGGCGAACAUUUGAAGAUGAUCCUGGUUGACAACAAGUCACCUCAUGCCGUCACUUUGUAUAUACUCCAAAAUUGGAGUAAAAGUCCUUUUUUAUCGCUCAGUUUCAUUGUAAAUGGAGGUGAAAGCUUCUUGUUUCACAGAAAAACAACUUUUCGAUUUGAACUCACAGCACCCCCUGAAAAAAAGAAUAUUACUAUUUGGGGUCCAAUCAUGUGGGAAAAGGAUAUAUUGCUUCGAGUCAGUGGUGAUGAUGACAUACAAGUAAAGGAUGAAGAAUUCCCGAAGGAAAAACAAAUUUGUUUACGUCGAAAUUAUAUGAAAGAAGAAGUUUCAGCGUCUGGAAUGAAGAACUUGUACGAAAUUCUGGGCCUCAAUAUGAAAGAAGUUCGCAAGAAAUCCAUCGAAGAACAGAACGAGAUUAUAAAGAAGGCUUAUUAUUCUCAACUUCGGCGUUGGCAUCCUGACAGGAAUCCUGGGAAUGGCGAUAAAGCUAUUUGUCAAAAGAUCAUCAAUGCCUACGAUAUCCUCAAAGAUCCCGAAGCCCGAGCCGCGUAUAAUAACGUCGCAGAUUAUGACAAAGGUUGGUGCUCGCAAGCGCGAUGGGGGGAAGUAUUUAAGCCAGAAUGUUACAGCGAUGAACAGAAGAAACAGUAUCGAAAGAGAAUGGGAUUAUUGAUUCUCUCGAGUGUCCUGGUAACGGCGGGGAUUGGUUUAACAUUCGUAACAGCAGGCAUGUCUGGACCCGUUGUUCUUGGGAUAAUAGCCGGAGCAACUUUUAGAUGCGGGAUUUCAAGUAGAUCACGAGAAUUGAUAGACAAAGCUAAGGCUUUUAAAAAAUACUUUAUUAGUUUAAUGAUCGGUGCUGAUGGUGGAGCAGCAAUGGGGGCAGGAGUUGCUGAGAUUACUAAGUUAUUGGAUGGAGAAGCAAAGCUUGCAUUGAAAGAUGCUAAACUUUCUCUUGAACGGCAAAUUGCGAUAACGAUGACUAGGAAUGUUUUUCGCGGCUUUACCAAUUCCGUUGCAAAUAAUCUAGACGCAGUCCUUGCAGAUGGGCAGAAAAUAACCUGGGAAGAAUUUCUUUUACAUGUCUUAACUGAUGCAUUAUUAGGAGGAAUUGCGGGGCUACGAGGAGGGCUGACAGAAAACAUGAUCGAAAAGCUGGUUUCAGCAAAAGACGUAGCAGCAGCAUUUGAGAGAGUAAUUUCCUCUAGCACACAUAAUCGUUUUGAAGUCGUUACAAAAAUAGCAGUGGAAACUUUUGCCAACCUUAUUGAACAUCUCGAUGAUGAUGUCGAAAAUAACUCCGUAGAGGACGAUAUAAAAAAUAGUGCAAGACUAGCGGCAAUUGCGGUUGAAAAUCAUUUCACGAUGAUGGAUAAUGAAGUUCCAAAAAUAAUCGAAGACGGAGAAGAUAUAACAGGGAUGGAAGCUAAAUCCAAUGAAGCAUUUCAUGAUAUAUCUGAGGAAACGUGUGAUGAAACGAAAAACUAUGCUAAUAGUACAAAAUCAGCGGCAAGGAAUGCGAAAGAAACGGUUGGUAAAGAUGGAAUCACGACGACCAGUGAUAAUGAAGAGAGUACUCGAGACAGUAAUGAUGUGAGUGAUAAAUUUCAAAAAUCCAAUAGAGAAAUAAAACAAGACGAUUGUGGGGAAAAUGCAAAAGGCAACUCAGAUAAAUCAGAUAAAACUCUACAGGUUUAUAUGCCGAUGCCAGUAGAAACAAAUGUGAAACGUGACUUCACGAAAAGAACCCCACCUUAUGAAAAAGAAGAAACAAAUUAUAAUGAGUGUACGCAACUGGCGGGACAAAGAAUGACGUAUAUUUCUGAAGGAGCUUGGUUUUCCAAGAUGCUUGUUGAUUACGAAGAGGACGGUGAAGAGAAACAUCACGAGGGUUAUGGUAGUGGAAGUUCGAUUCUGAUUCCAAACAAUGCUACAAAUAUCAAAGUUAAAUUUCAGGUCAUGCGUACUCCUGGUGUUUGGUGUGAUGUGAAAAAGUACGACCAUUUCAAAAAAUGUUGGGUAAAACCAACCAAGCCUCAUAUUUUCAAGUACGACAAACCAGUGAGUUGCACGUACACUUUGGAUGGAAACUUGUAUUUUGAAAAAGUAACAAAAAUCACAGGAGAAUAUUUUAGAGAGAUGUUUGAUUGUGGUCUACCAAGAUACAAGACGUUGGUGGACGAAACGACAAAUAGUGACGACUUCACAGGUCCAGUGAAGCAUCAACUAAAGUAUAUUUCUGAAGGACUUUGGCUUUCCAAGAUGCUUGUUGAUUUUCAAGAGAACGGCGAAACAAAACAUUAUGAGAUUGAAGAUAGUGAAAGUUCAUUUCUGUUACCAACUAAUGCUACCAAUAUUAAAGUUAGAUUUCAAGUAAUGCGCGCUCCUGGUAUUUGGUGUGACGUAAAAAAGUACGACCGUUUCAAAAAAUGUUGGGUAAAGCCAAUCCACCCUCAUAUUUUCGAGUACGACAAACCGCUGAGUCGCACAUUUACUUUGGCUGAUUGUGAAGCGGUGAUGAAGAUCACCGGUGGAGAUGAUGACAAUACAUUCGAUAUUGAUGGUAGGGCUCAAUCUAGAGAAGAAUUUGGCAGCUACGAUGGCACGGUUAAAUUGGUUGAUAAUAAAGAUCACAUAUCUGCUGAUGUCAAAGUUGAUCACGUUAUAGAAGACAGCCAACUAGCGAUGUUAUCUUCCACGCUGAAUUCGGGCAUAAAAGAAUCAACUCCGAUAGUUUCAGAUGAAGAUGAAACACAUUCUGUUGACUCAGGUUUCGAAGAAAGAAAUAAUGCAUUUUACAAGUGGUUUGAUAUGGGUGCAUUUCACGAAAAUGGUGAGAUGAAGAAAGAGUAUAAAGAAAAAAUGGCGAGGUUUAAAUGGGUGCAAAGCUUCAGCAUUGUCGAUGCAUACGAGGAAGGUAAUGACUAUAAUUUAGAAAUUGUCUGCAAAUACGGUGAAGUGCCUUGUAACGAAGACAUCGUGGAACUCCUUGGCGAGGACAUCCUCCCUUGCAUUACCUAUAAGAAAGCCUCGAAGAUUGGGUGGUUUGAAACAAAUAUACUGGAUAAAAAUUUUGAAAUAAAAAGGGAAUACGCCAAUGGAUUGUUAAGGUAA